AUGGCGACUAUCAUUGCCACCGGGACGAAAGGCAUGGGUUGUAUGCGGUCAGCUUCGACUGUUGUUCGCAGACAAACCAAGUUACGUGCUCUGGAAGCAUCAAGAUGUUGCUCUACGGAAACAGUAAAUGAUGACGAUAUUCUAAAUAAGAUGAUCAGAGUUAGAAAGUCUGACAACGAAGAUUUUAUACCAUUUGAAAUUAAAGGAAAAGAAACACGACAGCUUAUACGACCUAGUAGAGUCUGGAAGAAAUUUUCAUUCUUGAAACAUGAGGACAGACACAAAAAGAUGUCAACAGACCAGGACUGGACCAAAGCAUGGCCAACAGCAGGAGUAUUUAAAUGGUCUGCAGUACCCCUGUCUCUCCGCCAGGGAGCUAUAAGGAAUGAAUCGGAAAAUGAAGGAAUAAAACCAGGGAAAGAGGGAAACACAGAAUUGUUGAAGAUCCCCAAUUUCUUACACCUGACACCACCUCAUGUGUUUAAACAUUGUCAGGCAUUGAAGAAAUUCUGCACUCCGUGGCCAGAGGGUUUAGACAGUAAAGAAGACUGUCGUCUUCAUUUCCCAGUUGAAGUGGUAACCAGUGAUUACUGCUUUGCAGCACCAUCUAUCCGAGAUCCAAGGUCACGGGUUGUCACAGUCAAGGUGAAGUUAUCAGAUCUAGAACUAGAUCAACAUGCACAUCAGAAGCUGCUGAAACUAGUGGGUGAUCGAUACAACAAGGAAACUGAUGUAAUCACGUUCAAGACUGAUAAAUGUCCAACCAAACAGCAGAAUAAAGAUUAUGCGCUGUAUUUGCUGACUGCUGUUUAUCUUGAAGCCUGGAAUAAGAUGUCUUGGGAGGAUGAUAUGGAGGCAGAUGACUACCUCCAUUACAACUGGAAUAUUUCGAAGGCAAAAGACAGAACUGUUGUAACCUUGAUGUCUAUCGCUGAGGGGAACAAGAACUCAGUGUAUCAUAAUGAAGAAGAGGAGGCAAUUCUGGAAAAAGAAGAAGUGAAAAAUUAUGUUGAGACUGUUUCAAAAAUUUACAACAAUGAAGAAAAUGUAGAAAACCUAGAAAAGUUAAAACAAUCUGUACUUAACAUGUUGGAAUUAAAACCUGACAUCAAGUGACAGAAAAGUAAGAAAGCCAGAGUAUUGAUAGGAAUGUGUGAUGUGUGUGAGAAGAAUUACUGAUAAUAACUAUUACUUAUUAAAACAAAAAAUAAAUGAA